AUGGAAUGGUCGAAGGCUAAGGAUGUUUUGCUGGCUAAAGAGGUCCUUUACCUUGAACCAUUUCAGUUCAAGGAAAGGACUGCUCAAAGUGUUCAGGCGUGGCAGGAUCUCGUCAACAACCUCAUGAAAAAUUACACAGGGAAAUUCGACAAGCUAACCUCAAGGGGUGCUAAGGACCAUAUAGCGCUCCUGAUUAAAAACCACAAGAAGAAGAAUGCAGAUGAGCUGAAGGCGAGUGGGAUUAGCCCAGAACAAUCAGAGCUGGAUACUAUACUUGAAGAAAUAAUAGAGAGGAUGGAAGCAAAUGUUGCAGAGAUUGAGAAAGACAACGAAAAGAAGAAAAGGGAGGUGGCUAUGGCCAAAGACAUCAGGCUGAAGGCCAUGGAGGCCCUAAGCCAAACCAAAAAGAGAGAAAAUGAGGAUGGGAAUAUUAAGCCUGCAAAGCAGAUCAGGAGGAGGUCAAAUGGAUCAGAGAUGGUUGCAUACCUGAAGGAGAGGGCAGAGGAGGAAAUGGCCCUGCGUGCAAAGGUAGAAGAAUCAAAACAGGCCCAGAUGGCUAAUGAAGCAAAGAGGCAUGAAGACCUCUUUAACAUUCUGUUACAGCAACAAAAACAACAACAAGAGUUCCAACAACAACAA